UCAGCAAAAACGGACCUGCACUGCUGUGAGAAACCACCUGUGGGAUCUGACUUCCUCCAUCCUCCAAAUUUCUUUCAAAAUGGCCAUGAUGCUGAAAGCGUGGACAGUGCUGGCAACUGUGGCGCUGUGUGUGUUGGUGUGUCUGGGAACACUGGCAGAUGCUUAUCCUCCUAAACCUGAGAACCCUGGUGAAGAUGCUCCACCUGAAGAGCUGGCCAAAUACUACACAGCCCUAAGACACUACAUUAAUCUGAUUACCAGGCAGAGAUAUGGAAAGCGUUCAGCUCAGGAGGAUGUGUUUGCAGAGCUAUUGUUUGGUGGUGAAAGCAACAGAGGCCAGAGAUCACGAUAUGAUGACUCCUACAUGUGGUGACCAUGCCACAUUUGUCAUUUGUCAUCAGGCAUUCCCUCUGGAUGCAUCCAACAGUGCACCUUGAGGGGCCAAAUUGUGCCUCUCGCCUCUGAACCCUGAACCCCACCUGAACAGUAACUUUCUUCUGACCACAAGUCAAGCUGCCACUGACUCACUGUUUUACGUCUUUGAUUGCAACACAGUUACAAAUAAUUUAUUAUUAGAGGAAAUAUACAUAUUAGAUCAGCUACUAAUCAGUUUGUGUAGCUGUGUGCCUCUGUUUGUGUGUACAUUACUGUCCCUCUGUCUAUUGCUGUUUAGAGGAAGAAAUACUUGUUUUAACUGUUGCUGCUAUAAAAAAGCAACAUCUAAAGAAUUCAAUAAAACUUUU